AUGGAUAAAAGAAAGAAAAAAGAUAGGAUAUCAAAGAAAGGUUCUUCUAAUGAAAAUCCUGACAAAUUGACAAAGGAAGAGGAUGCGAUUGCUCGUUGUGUGCGAUUUAAUUGUCCUACUAAUACAACAAUGUUUGAAGGAAAUGAAGUUAAUUAUUUUGUUGCCAAAAAAGCUGUUGAUACACUCGUUGAAUCCAAAAAAUAUGGUGCUGGAUCAAAAUCCAAAAAAUUUCCCGAUGCUAAAACAGCCGAAUAUUUUCUUCAAUCAUUGUUGGAAAGAGGACUUUUCUUUAGAGCAAAGAAAACUGUUUUAAAGAAAAAAGAAAAGGAAACAACUGAAUCAUCAAAGAAAAACCAACAAGAUGGAAAUAAAUCACCAAAAAUUGAUAAAAAAGAAAAGGAAAAAGUUGAAGAAAUUGGAGAAAAAGAGGAAAAGAAUGAAGGAGGAAAUAAAGAACAGGUUAAUGAUUUGUUUUUUUAUAUACGUGUAGAGCUAUCCCCUUUAAUAACAUCAAAUCCAUUGAUAUCCCCUCAAUCCCUCCAAAGCCCUCGAUAUUCCUUUUCAAAAGUUGUAGGUUUUGGGAUCCUCUGAGCGUAGGU